AUGUCCAUGGAAAUGAGUGACAGUUCUGACCUCUUGGUAAGCAGCAGAGGUGGAUUCAACAACUACUGGAGGUCAAGAACUGUGAUGGAACAGGCGCUGUUGGUGCUGGCAGUAGUGGAAGGUGUAAUGCUGUUUGGCUUUGUCAUUGGUGUAGCUUCCCUUACAAGUGAAAUUGUGUCCAAAGAUGCAGAGAUCCAUGACCUUAUUCACAUCCACCACUCCCUUUACAAGUCCUUCUGUCACCACCCCAACAUCAACCACAACUGGUCCAACAACAGACCUUACAUCUGCUCCUUCAGUGACUUCAACUGCUUCAACAUCUGCUCCUUCAGUGACUUCAACUGCUUCAACAUCUGCUCCUUCAGUGACUUCAACUGCUUCAACAUCUGCUCCUUCAGUGACUUCAACUGCUUCUACAUCUGCUCCUUCAGUGACUUCAACUGCUUCAACAUCUGCUCCUUCAAUGACUUCAACUGCUUCAACAUCUGCUCCUUCAGUGACUUCAACUGCUUCUACAUCUGCUCCUUCAGUGACUUCAACUGCUUCAACAUCUGCUCCUUCAAUGACUUCAACUGCUUCAACAUCUGCUCCUUCAGUGACUUCAACUGCUUCUACAUCUGCUCCUUCAGUGACUUCAACUGCUUCAACAUCUGCUCCUUCAAUGACUUCAACUGCUUCAACAUCUGCUCCUUCAGUGACUUAACUGCUUCUACAUCUGCUCCUUCAGUGACUUCAACUGCUUCAACAUCUGCUCCUUCAGUGACUUCAACUGCUUCAACAUCUGCUCCUUCAGUGACUUCAACUGCUUCAACAUCUGCUCCUUCAGUGACUUCAACUGCUUCAACAUCUGCUCCUUCAGUGACUUCAACUGCUUCAACAUCUGCUCCUUCAGUGACUUCAACUGCUUCAACAUCUGCUCCUUCAGUGACUUCAACUGCUUCAACAUCUGCUCCUUCAAUGACUUCAACUGCUUCAACAUCUGCUCCUUCAGUGACUUCAACUGCUUCAACAUCUGCUCCUUCAGUGACUUCAACUGCUUCAACAUCUGCUCCUUCAAGUGACUUCAACUGCUUCAACAUCUGCUCCUUCAGUGACUUCAACUGCUUCAACAUCUGCUCCUUCAAUGACUUCAACUGCUUCAACAUCUGCUCCUUCAGUGACUUAACUGCUUCUACAUCUGCUCCUUCAGUGACUUCAACUGCUUCAACAUCUGCUCCUUCAGUGACUUCAACUGCUUCAACAUCUGCUCCUUCAGUGACUUCAACUGCUUCAACAUCUGCUCCUUCAGUGACUUCAACUGCUUCAACAUCUGCUCCUUCAGUGACUUCAACUGCUUCUACAUCUGCUCCUUCAGUGACUUCAACUGCUUCAACAUCUGCUCCUUCAAUGACUUCAACUGCUUCAACAUCUGCUCCUUCAGUGACUUCAACUGCUUCUACAUCUGCUCCUUCAGUGACUUCAACUGCUUCAACAUCUGCUCCUUCAAUGACUUCAACUGCUUCAACAUCUGCUCCUUCAGUGACUUAACUGCUUCUACAUCUGCUCCUUCAGUGACUUCAACUGCUUCAACAUCUGCUCCUUCAGUGACUUCAACUGCUUCAACAUCUGCUCCUUCAGUGACUUCAACUGCUUCAACAUCUGCUCCUUCAGUGACUUCAACUGCUUCAACAU